AUGUCCAUAUUCGGAGGGGACGGCAUAGACAGAGAGCUCAAAGCUCUCAAAACUCAGGUCGCAGCCAAGGAUGCCCAAUUAUCAACUUUGCAGAAUGAGAAGAUGCGCAAGAUGGAUGAAUUGGAAGAGGUCAAACGGUCGAGGGAGAUACUUCAAAGACAGGCAGAGGAAGAUGCUGAUAGAGCUGCCAAAGCUGAGAAAGCGCUCGAGUCAAGGACAGGAGAAUUGAGUCAAUUACGAUUAAGAGUUUCAAACCUCGAAUCAACCUUACAAUCUUCAGCUGAUAAACUCAAGAAACAAGAGAAGCAAAGUCAACAACUUCAAUAUGAAUUGGAAAGUCUGGGUUCGGAUGGUAAUGCCACAACGAACAAAUUAACUGAACAACGUCGUCUUUUAGAAAAUAAAGUCAAAGAUCUUGAAAAAGCUUUGAAAAUUGCAGAAAAUAAUGGUAAUUCUAAGAUUCCCCUCGCAAACAAAGGAAGACGUCCACGUUCUUCAUCAGUCAACACCGAUAAUCGAGUACGUGAUUUAGAACUUGAACUUGAGAGUUUACGAUCUGCGCAGGGACCGGCGGAUGCUCAAUUGGACACAUUGAGAGAACAGCUCAAAUCAGCCAAGAGAGAACAAGAUAAAGCUGUUAAUUUCAAAUUGGCUUUGGAACGAACGUCCAAAAAAGAGAUCGAGGAUUUGAGAAGUAAGUUGGAGGACGCUGUUGCAGAAAUCGACUUUUAUCGUAGGUCAGAAGAUGGAGGUUCUUCUAGGGAGAUGGAAAAGUUGAAGAAGACUGCGGAGGCUGAAAAAGAGAGAUUGAAAGGGACCAUCAUCGAGUUGGAGAGAAUAAAGACGGAGCAUAUGAGUAAGAUUGAAGAGUUACAACAGGUGAUUAAGGAGCGGGCAGAGAGUCUGUCUGAACUACGAGAAGACAGAGUCGGGAGAGGGGGGAUGGACGAUGAAGAAGAUACCAAGAAAGAGGUGAAUGAACUGAAAGACAAGGUCAGACAGUUGGAGUUGGAGUUGAAUAAUGUACCUCAAACAAGAACUUCUGGUAGUGGAACCGAUGCUUCGUUAAGAAGAAAACUCGACAGAGCCGAAAGAGAGCUCCGAGCUGCAAGAGAAGAUCUAGAAGCGAACGAAGCUUUGUUGGAAGAGAAAGAGAAAGAAAUCUUCAAGUUAAAAGCUCGAGUGCCGAUGCCACGUUCACCAUUCAGCACGCCGACAGAAUUACCGGAUGAUGGAAGGGUGGAAGAGUUGGAAACCCGUUUGGCUGCUUUGCAACAGGAAUUGGUGGAGAAGAAUGAGAGGAUCCAAGGCUUAGAGAAAGAGGUGCGGGAGAAACAAGCCGCAUUGGAGGCGGCGUUAUCAGACACAGACGGGGCGAAGGUGGUUGUGGGGCGGUUGGAAACCGAGUUGAAUAACCUCAAGACUACGAGACAGGCUUUGGAAGACGAUCUGCAGUCUGCCCGACUACUCUGCAGUGAACAAGAGAGAUCUGUGGAAGCAUCUCGGACGACUAUGGCGGAAUCGAAGGAGGAAAUCUAUAACCUUUCCCUCCAGAUCAAGGAGCUGCAAACCGCUCAGCGUGAUGCUGUGAUGAGAGUCGAGGAGAAGACCACGGCUCUCGAGGGUGCUCAAAAGCAAUUGACCGAGCUUCAAAAUGCCCUGGAGAAACAAACUGUCGACGUUGAGGAAAUGACCGCUCUCCGAGUUUCUCUGAAAGAAGCCAACUCCGCCGUCAAGUCCAUGCAAUUGAAGGUGGAGGCUGCGGAUGCUACCUUGCUCAGAGCUGCAGAGAUGCAGGCGACCAUCGGAGAGUUGGAAUCUCUCAAAGCGCGACAUGAAAAGGAGCUAGCUGUCGCCACUGAGGAACUGAGAUCGCGACAGGGAGAAUUGGCAGAUUCCGAAGCUCACGCGUCAUCCUUGCAACUUCGACUUGAAGACUCCCAGUUGGCUCUGAACAAGCAACGCGAAUUCUCGGAGGAGAUGCAAGAAAGGUGGGAGCACAUCGCAGCUGAGAAAAUCGACCUCGAAUGUCGGAUCGAACAACUCGAGAAAGAAGCUCGUCAAGCUGAAGAGGCCGCCGCAGACAGAUCAACACUUUCAGAAGCCAGGGAAAGGGAUGUGGAGCUACUUCGAAUGAAAGAUCAGGUUGACGAUCUUCGUAGAGCAAAGGAAUCGGAGAAGGAAGAAUAUGAGAAACUCCUGGCUGCUGUCGAAUUCGCUCAAGCUCAAGAUAACAAACAUUCUUCCUCCAAGAUUGCGGAACUCGAAGAGCAGAUCAGUCGAUUGGAAGUCUCCGCGACCCAGGUCUCUCAUAUGCAAAGCAAGAUCGAUGAGCUCGAAAGUCAGAUUCAUUCGCAGAUGUCAAACACCAAUCCUAUAUCCAACAACUCCCGUGAAAAUCAACACAUCGGUUUGUUACAUGCUAAGAUUGAACGGUUGAGGAAAGAACGAGAUGAACUUCGACAAUCGAUGUCUUUUGCUCAACACGAACGCCAAUUCGCCCUUUCCGCCGCUGAAGCCGACCGACGUUCUGCUCUUGAUGCCUUGGACCUUGCUCGAGCGGAAUUACAGACUAAAAUCGCCGAAGUUUCCCAGCUUCAGAAAGACGAAGUUUCUCUUCGAUUACGUAUCGAUGAAGUUUGCGAGAAACUCGAAAGUGUUUCUGUUUCCUUUGCAGCAGCAUCGGACGAGAAGAACAAUCUCAUCGAUCGGAAUGCGGAACUUGAAAGACAAUUACAAUCCGCAGAACAUAGCCCGUCAGGGGUUCAGGUGGAAGAAGUCAAUUAUGCGGCUAAAGAACAAGCACAACAAUUGUUGGCGUUAUCUCAUGAAACGGUAUUGCUCAAAGAUAAAUUAUCAGAUACUUCGCAAACUCUCCGCGAAUCUGAGAUCCAAAGGAAAGAAUUGGAAAAACGAGUGGAAGAACUCAGUGCCACACCUCAAUCUCCAAUUUCCGAAACACAUUCUGCCGCUUCAAACUCUGAACCAAGUGAGAAAAGAAGACACGUACGUCAAAUCUCAAGUAUGUCAGGGACAAGUAAACUUCGUGAAGCUGAAUUGGAGGGUAAACUCAGUCGAAGAGAAGCAACUAUUAAAUCGUUAAGUAAUAAAAUCAAACAGUUGGAAACUCAAUUAGAGCUUGCAAGAGAUUCUGAGAUUGCCGAAGAGCUUGAACAACUCGUUCAGGAGAAAGAAACACUAAAGAUUGUUUUAGAAGAAAGAAUGAUGGAACAUACGAAAUUACAACAUGAACUGAUUUCGUCCACCGCUAUUCAAUCAUCUCAAAAUCAACGAUUGGUCGAGCUGGAGAAAGAUCUGCAAGAGAGGUAUUCACUCGCCGGAGAAGAGACCAUGAGGGUCAAUGGAUUGGUUUUGGCUUUGGUGGUACAGAGAAAGGCGUAUUUGUCUACCAGGGCGGAAUACGUGUCGAUCACCGGACAAACACGACGUCAACAAGUCGCACUCGAAUCGUCUCAAGUCGCUGCCAACGAUCUGACCCGAGCUCAUGAGACUAUCGAAGAGCUACGAUCCCGUUUGGCAGAACUUGAAUCAACUUCUGAAGCUGCUUUGUCACUAUCUGAACAAAUAUCGGCGUUACAGACGGAAAAGCAACAGAGUGAGCGGAAGAUUCUCGAUUUACAAACUGAAGUAUCUACACUGUUAGACGCAUUGGCAGAAGCGGAUAGAAUCCAUUCUCAGACAAUAUCGGAAAUUCAAGAAAAGCUCGAGGUGACCCGGGCGCGACACAAAGAAGAAAUGACCAAUCAUGGUAAAGAGGUUGAAUCUGCUACUGAGAGACUGAGCAAGCAACAUGAAGAUCUACAAGGAGUAUUGGGAAAUGUCACUUCUCUACAAGUUCGUGUUCAGGAGUUGGAUCGACAACUGGGAGAGAGUCAAAUACAAAAGGAAGAUCUACAACGUCACGCAGAAGAUCUACAACAACGUUUAGUGGAGCAGACUCGGUUGACUGUCGUUGGAGAGGAAAAUAGGGGAUUGUUAGAGGAACAAGUGGCAGGACUUCACGUCGAGUUGAAUGAAACCGUGAUGAAGAAGACAGCGGUGGAAGGAGAGAUGGAGAGAUUGAAAGAGAUUCAUCUGAAAGGCACAAAGGCAUUACAUGACCUAGAGAGAGAAGCGAGGGAGAUGAAAAAUGACAUGGAGAGAGCAGAGGAGAGGGUGAGGGAGGUUGAGAGAUUGGAGUUGGAGAUCGAUGAGUUGAGAAAGGAGUUGUUGAUGGUUAGGGACGAAAUGAGAGGGUUGGUUGAAAGAGCCGAGAAGGCAGAAGAGGAGAUGAAAGUGAUGGAGUUGGAGAAUGAGAGGAUCAGGGGAGCAACGAAUGUAGAUCAAGGACAGGGAACGGAGGAAUUGAAGGAGAGGAUUUCAGAACUCGAAGCCGCCCUGACUCUAAAAGUCCAAGAAGUGGACGAAGCUGAUGAUCGAGUUCGAGAAGUGUAUAAAUCCAAUACCAAGUUGGAAAAGAAGAUUGCCAAAUUACAAAGACAAAUCACCACUUUAACUUUAUCUACGGAAAAAGAGACUUUAGCCAAUACGAUAGCCAACAGAUCUAUACCUCCUGUAGAUCAUCUCAAUCCUGGUCCUAUUCCAACAUCUCAUCAACUUACCCCGAACCAUGCUACAACAACCAAUUCUCAUCAAAACCUCACCACUGUCACAUCAACCAUCCGUCUGGUCACAUCUAGUCCUACAAAACCACCAAUCUCUCCCUUACCUCAUCGUCCAGCUCUAGCAGAACUUUCUCAACCUCGACCAUCAUUACGUUCUGUAAACAUCUUCGAUCCUACUCCUAAUCCUAGUCUUAAUCCUGAUUUCAGUUUAAAUCCUAAUCUUAAAAGUCCCAAUGGUCAAAAACGUUGUAGAGAAGGUGAAGAAGAAAAAGUUUUACCGGCAGAAGCUAUCAUUCUUCCUUUUUCAGAUUGA